AUGCAACAUCCUGAUCGGCUCCUAUUUAAUUCUAGCGACUAUUUCCACCUCAUUCGCAUUUCGUCUCAGGGGAAGGUCGAAGCGGAGCUGCAUCUGUUGACGAAGGAGGAAGCGGAGCAGAACCCAGCUGGUCUGGGGAGGAGCGAGCCCGAUCCCCUCGAGAAACCCAAUCGCCCGGACUCCUCGUUCCUCUGGUUCGUGAACCCGAUGAAAAGUCUUCGCUUCAUCUUGUGGCACAACUACAAGUGGCUGCUGAUCAAAGUGCUGGCUAUCGCGGGGCUGGCCCUCCUCUUUCUCCUCUUCUUCUACUCGCUUCCUGGGUACACGGCGAAGAAGAUCCUGGGGGCGUGAGGGAGGCGUCACUGCUUUUUUUUUCCCCGUGCGUGAUGCGUUUGGUAUUUCGGAAUGAAGUGGGU